AUGUCAUCAUCCGUAUCCGUAUCCAUAGUAAAAUCCACCAAAUCAACCGGAAUAAAACAACCCAUCAUCAGACUUGUUCCCAUACUUCCUCAGUCAAAAUUUUUAAUUUUACCUUUGAUAAUUUACUCACAAAUCUUCAAAUAUCUAACACCGCAAGAUUUAUAUUCUUUAUCUUCCUUAUGCAAAAAACUUCGUAAUUUAUUAUGGUCAGAUAAGAAACAAAUACAAGAGAUAUGGAAAUCAUCUAGAAUGUAUAACUUAACUUAUCCAUCCCUUCCGCCUCCAUCAAAUAUGAUUGAACAACAAUAUAUUUGGUUGGCUUUAUUGGCCAUGAAAUGUCAAUUUUGUAAUAAUAGUUAUAAUAGAUUUGGUUAUAACGUUUGGAUUAAAAAGGAAGUACUGUGUAGCAAAUGUUUUUCAGAGAAAACUUUAUUAAUAAGAGACAAAGCGUUUCCAAAUUAUUUACCGCAAGGAUUACUUUAUUGCAUACCCUACACGAACUUCAUGACAUGGUCAAGUGAAAAAUUGCGUGCGUAUUGGAUUUCUGAUAUUAAAUUGGCUAAAAAAGAAUAUUUAGCAUUAAAAACUAAUAAGCAGAGAAAGGAUUGGAUGAGUAAAAAACAAAAGGAAACCAAAGAAAUCAUGAGGAAGGCAAAUGCCUAUGAUCGACAAGAUUAUGUCGCAUACUUUAAUAAUUUAUAUUAA